CCUGGGUUGCCAUCCGCUUUCCUCGCGCGCGCACUGCCAAUCUGCCACCCCCCGCGGCGCGCUCCGCCUCAAACGCCAGCACCGCACGUCCCCCCCUCCCCUCCAUUCGCCCGUACGACCCGACCAAGCGCGCGAGAAUCCUUGGCGAGCGAUCAAUCGAGGCAAAGCCAUGGCGCCGAGCAAGCUGCGCCAGGCGCUGGGCGCGGUGAAGGACCAGACGAGCAUCGGCCUCGCCAAGGUCGGCAGCGGCGGCACCGUGGAGGCGGACCUGGACGUGGCCAUCGUCAGGGCCACCAGCCACAGCGAGUCGUUCCCGGCCGACGAGCGCCACAUCCGGGAGAUCCUCGCGCUCACCUGCCUCUCCCGCGUGUACGUCGGCAACUGCGUGUCCACGCUGUCGCGCCGCCUCGGCCGGACCCGGAGCUGGGCCGUCGCGCUCAAGACGCUGGUCAUCGUGCACCGCGUCCUAGCCGACGGGGACCCGGCGUUCGAGCAGGAGGUCUUCUACGCCACGCGGCGCGGGACGCGGAUGCUCAACAUGUUCGACUUCUGCGACCGCUCCCGCGCCGACGCCUGGGACUUCUCCGCCUUCGUCCGCACCUACGCCGCCUACCUCGACGACCGCCUCGAGUACCGGAUGCAGGGCAGGCACGGCGCCGCCGCCCCGCGGGGGCCCAGGUCGCUCCGCGAGGAGAUGUACGCGUCCCCCGGGAACCGCUACGCCUGCGACCUCACCUACAACGGGAAGCCGGACGACGCGGCGGACGCCGAGGGCGCGGACAGGGCGCUGGCGCUCGUCACCAGGGACCCGCCGGCGAGCGAGAUGACGGUGGAUCAGCUGCUCAUCAAGGCUAACCAGCUGCACCACCUCCUCGACCGGUUCAUCGCUUGCCGCCCCGUAGGCGCGGCGAGGACGAACCGGGUGGUGGCGGUGUCGCUCUACCCGCUGGUGAAGGAGAGCGUGCAGCUCUACUGCGAGCUCACGGAGGUGAUGGCCGCGCUCAUCGAGCAGUUCGCGGAGAUGGAGACCGCCGACUGCGAGCGCGUACACGCCCUCUUCUGCAGCCUCGCCAAGCAGACAGAGGAGCUCGAGGCGUUCUACUCAUGGUGCAAGGACGCCUGCGUGUGCCGCCAGUCCGACGUCCCGGAGGUCGAGGUCGUCACGCAGAAGAAGCUGGAGCUCAUGGACGAGUUCAUCCGCGACAGGCACGCCGCGGCGUCGCAGCAGGGGCUCCCGCCGCCGUCGCCAGAGCCGGCGGCAAGCCCAGAGCCGGUCCUCGUCGAAGAGCAGCCGACCAAGGCCCUUCCGGCGCCCGAGGAGCCGCCGACCGAGGCGCAUGAGGAGGACACGGCGCAAGCCGAGCCAGAGGCGCUGCUCGUCGUGUCCGACCCGGUCGACGGGGAGGCCGACUUCCUGAACCUGAAGGCGGACGCCAUGCCCGCCGAGGAGCACGGGCAGCAGCUGGCGCUGGCGCUGUUCGACGGCAACCCGGCCGGCGCGGCGCCGAAAGCCGACGCGUUCGACCACUCGGCGGCGGACUGGGAGACCGCGCUGGUCCAGUCGGCGAGCGCGCUGGCGCACCAGCGCGCCGAGCUCGGGGGCGGCCUCAACAUGAUGGUGCUGGACGGGAUGUACAGCCACGCCACGGCCAACGCGGCGGUGGCCAGCGCGCAGACGUUCUCCGGCAGCGCGAGCAGCGUGGCGGUGCGGCCACCGGGAGCGCCGAUGCUGGCGUUGCCGGCGCCUCCUGGAGCCGUCGGCGCAGCGGCCGGCGCGGACCCUUUCGCGGCGUCGGCGCUGGUGCCGCCGCCGACGUACGUUCAGAUGUCCGACAUGCAUACGAAGCAGCAGCUUCUGACGCAGGAGCAGAUAGUGUGGCAGCAAUACGGAAAGAAUGGCAUGCAAGGGCAGGGGGCCUUGGCAAUGCUGGAGCAGCGGCCGCAACAGCAGCAGCAGCAGAUCCUGCCUCAUGGAGGUUACAAUUACCCAGGGUAUCAUAGGACCUGUUAGACCAUCCAGUAGUACUCACUUCCAUUGUUCUGUUUACGAUGUUGCAAAUGUCGAAGCAAUCGCGAAAAUCGUUAGAACUUCGAUUCUUAUCACUAAUUUCGAAAUAGAAGAAUCACAGUGCAGUGUUGGAGGCUGUCUCUUCUCUUCUGUUCAACAAAGAUGAUAUGCACGAA